GCUGCUGCUGAGGAGGAGAAGUUGGCUACGGUGGGGUGAGGGAGGGAAGAGGAAAAAAGGAAAGCGGUAGCCAGCGAACAGACCGACAGAGAGUAGGACAGCAUGUGUACCAAAAGAUUGGGGAGUUGUGGCCCCCAUAUAGAAGAAGGAUGAUCGGAAGCUGCCAGGGAAUUACCGCCCUAUCAGUCGUCUUAGCAUAGCGAUCACCAUAAAUUAUGAAAAGACCAAGGUGAUGGCUUUUGCCAACAAACCUAAGAAGCAGUGUUGGAUGUUGAAUGGACAUAGACUUGAACAGGUUUGUUUAAAAACUGCUUACAACAGCUAUGACACCUGCUCUUCGAGAGAAAGCAAUGAAAGGACAUGGUAUCUAUUUAUCCCCAUCCUUGUCUUCAAGAGCUAUGGAAUCCAAUGAGACAUUGGGCAUGGCAAGUACCAGAGUAGUCAAGGAGAAAAUGAAGGAUGGCUCUGUCACAAAGAUCACUUGCUCAGUUCGGGGGCUUCCCACCUCUCAGUCCAAACAUACCAAUGAUCACUUUAAUUUAAAGUGCUUUGACUCUCACUCUUCUAAACAUUACCCCUUAUUAAUGAGUGCCAAUUCUGCUCUCAGUGUAAAUAAUAAAAAUUGUAUGCUCAAAACCUCAGAAGAGCACAGUUGCUCCAAGAUGAGAAAUCCUUUGUGUAACAGCACUAAUACACACUUCAGUCAAAUUAUUAAUUCAGAAUCUGGGGAGCAGAUCAGAGGAGAAACUUUAUCAGGGACAACAACUCAGAAUUUACCAGAAAUUGGAAAACUAUUGGAUUCAUGUUUAAUUGAACCCAGCAAUACAGAAGAAAGACGGCUUCCUAACUCUAAAUGGUACCGAAAGAAUGGCUUUUUUGGCAAGGCUUUAUUUGUAAAUACUGAGACAAAAAAAGAAGACUCAUUCCAUCAAGUGCAUCAUGAUGCUUCGGAAGGAACAACGAACUGCAAUCCCAGCAGUAAAGAACAGGCAUUGAAUUUCUCCUUACUUCAGUGUGUAAACAAGCAACAGGUUUUACUCAGCCAGGCCAAAAGAACUCAGAAACGUUUGCAAAUACUAUUGGCAAAGCAUGUUGUCAAACACUGUGACCAGCAGAUGAAAUGUUUUGUGAGACAUCAACUACAGAGAAUGAAAGCAUUUCAUGAUCCAGCCAGGAUUUUGGGUGGCAGUUUUCAUAGAUGCACUGGAAUUAAAACUGAAAGCAACAAUUUAGAAACUAAUGUGGGUAAAGAUGUCCAGCACGAUUUUGAUGUUUUACCUGGUAAAAUCAGUAAGUUUGCUUGUUCUACAGCAGGACUACUGUCUCAGAUGGAAGAGAGCUUAGAUUCUGAGGCCACUUGCAGCAGCUCAAGUGAAGAUGAUGAUGAGCAGAUUUCCAGAAAUGUUGUGGCAGUUAAAAAUAGAUCUGACUGGAAAUGGCUGGUAGACAGAGCUAAAGUUGGGUGCCGCUGGACAUGGCUUCAAGCUCAGAUCUCAGAGCUAGAAUACAAGAUCCAGCAACUCACUGAUCUUCACAGGCAGAUCCGUGCCACCAAGGGAAUGGUGAUCUUAGAAGAAUUUCCAGUUCCAAAGGAUGUCUUGAAAAAGCAAACACAAUUGACAGACCAGGAGGCUUUAUUAAACACCACAGGGCACUCUCAAGCUCCCUUUGAGAGGCAGGAUGUUUGGCUGGAACCUGAUUUUGAAAUGUCACCGAGCAGUCCAACUCUGCUUCUCCGUAACAUAGAAAAACAGAGUGCCCAACUGAGUGAAAUUAUCAGCAGUCUGAUUGCUCCCCUAAAUCUGUCUCCUACAUCAUCUCCUCUCUCUUCAAAGUCCUCUAAACAGAAAGAGUUGGUCAAUGGCAUAUCUUUAAGAGAUUCAGAGAACAGUGAAGGCGUUUCAACUUCCAGUAGUUGGUUGGUUGACCAACAACACCUGAAGAGAAGAAGGAAAGACAAGACAAGGCUGAGAACAUCAUCGGUUGCGAUUAGCACAUCUGCUCGUACCAGACCACUUCAGAGUUUCCAGAGGAGAAAACUGUAUAAAACAAGCAGUAUGCUAAGCUUGAACCAACAGGCUAUGCCAGUGAGAAAUGCCCUAUUUAACAGAGCAGAGGUAGUUCCAGGCUCCUCUUGGAGUAGUUAUGAGCUUGGCCCCAAGCCCAGGACACACAACGAACUCAUGUUAGAACUUGAUUCCUCAUUCCAUCCUGUCUUAUCAUUCCCUUCAGAUACUCCUCUUCAUGUGUAUUUCAAAACAUUGCUCAAAAAGUACGAGAUCAAAGGUGAUCCUUUUGAAACUUCUGCCCUUGGUUUAGAGCUUAAGGUGUCUCCAUCAAAUGAAUACAAUUGGCAUAAAACUUCUCUUCAACAAUGGAAUUGUGGAUACGAAUCUAGUUCCAAAUAUCAGGCUAUGCCAGAAAUAUCAGAGCAGCUACAAGAGGGAAGAAAAAAGAGACAUUUCAGUGAGACAGCAGUUGGAGAAAGUAACAAUAGAUUUGAAGCAUUUUCCUUCCAGCAUGAAGAGGAGGAAUCCCAUAAUCAUUUUGCAGGAUCUGCUAAUGAUGACAUGAUUUCUAGAUCAAGUCACAGUUCCUCAUCACAGCUCAAUUCAAGACGGAGACUGAGAAGUGAGAGCUCUUAUGACAUAGAUAACAUUGUUAUUCCUAUGUCACUGGUUGCACCAUCUAAGCUGGAGAAACUGCAGUAUAAAGAAAUUCUUACUCCCAGCUGGAGACUUGUUAGCCUCAAGCCUUUGGAAGGUCUGCACAAAGAUGAAGAAACGGUAGAAGAUCUGUCAGAUGAUGUCUAUGCUGUACGCCAUGCAAAAUAUGAAGAGAAAGAGAGAGCACGGUGGUCACUGUGGGAACAAUGCCGAUGGCCCAGAAGGAACAGAUCAUAUAGCAGAAGUUCUGAGGGACAAGAUCCAGCACUAAAACAAAAACAAGGCAACUCUGAUUUCACGCUCAGUUUUUCCAAAAACACCACUGAUGUAACUUCAGAAAUAUACAGAAAUCUAUGCUUGAGGGCAUUACAGUCUUCAGAAGAAAACCAAGAAGUACAGUCUCUUCUGUGGGAACAUCGCAUUUUUCCACUAAAAGAGAAAGAAGCAGAAGCUUUAAUUUGCCAUGAUCAGGUAACAGCUCAGCAAGAAAAUUCAAAUAUGGCCAUCCACAGUGCCUUUGACUGUACUUCAUAUACUGCUUUCAGUUUGCCAAACAAUAACCAGCCACAAAGGAAAAGCUCUGUUGAUGAACUGGAAGAUUGCAACCAAGCCUGUUUGGGAAUUGACAGCACAAGAAAACAGAGGCAGGCUAAGAACUCAAGGGCAGUGUUUUUAUCUGAGCCACAAGAAUGCUUUCAAGCUGGAAGUUUUAAUAUUCCCUUGGUCAAGAAGGGAUACUCUUAAACUGUAACCACCAGGUGCUGCCACAACUUGAAAAACUGAACGGAUGUCUAUUCAAAGUGUAUGUAUGGUUGCAGUGCAUAAUUCCCCCCCCCCCACUUGAAAAUGCAAUAGUUUUAACUGAAUGCACAGAAAAGCUACCUGAUAAAGCUGUUGCGCGUGUAUGUGGCUGACACAAGCAUACUGUCCCUUUUUAAGGAAAGGUCUUUGCCAAUUCAACCAUUUGUAAAUUUGAUGACAUAAUGUAUGGUGUAGAAGAGAGAGCCCAAAAGCUUUACAUGAAGGUAAAGAAAAAUCAAUUUAAAUAAUUGAUUUUCUGUAUUUCAUAAUAGAUCUGUUAUUUCUGAGUACAAGGAAUGAAAGGGAGUAAGAAAUCUGAACACUACAGUAGUGGAACAUUUGCCAUUUUUUACCAUGACACAUUUGAACUCCUCUUCCUAACUUUAUACAGACUUGAAUUCUGUACUUCGUUAGAGUUGAGUAGAUUCAGUAUUCUUGCAAUAAUCAAUUAAAGUUUUAUUAAACUUUAAGACUGCAGGUGAGAUGGCAGUGUUUAGUUAUAAAGGAAAAUAGUUAUUUUCAUAUUCAAGUGACAAAAUAAGAGUGUUGCAGAAUGUAAUCUGCAUCCUCCAGCUGAUGGUAUACACAAAAUAUGAUAAAGGCUUGCCACCCACAUUCAGUGAAGCCAAUUCAAUAUGGCGCUGCACUUCAAUAUGGCGCUGCACUUCUAUGGAAGAGGGUAGUGCUUCUGUGAGGAACAGUUGAAGGCAUCACUGUUAAACACACUUCAGUGUUGUGUCCAGAACUUAAGCUACAUUAGGUAGAUGGCCCACUUUUAGAUGGGUGCUAUCUAGACUAGUUAGUCAUGACUAAAUCCCAUUGAAACUAACUUAGUCUGGAUGCUGCCCUGUGUCUUUUUUCUCCCUCCCUCAUUUUUCUUCUUUCCAAAAUGGACUGGAAGUACACUGGAUAUUGUAAAAAUGUUCAGUUGCAUUUCAACACUACAGCCUAUGUUAGAUUGUAGUUCACUGCAAAUUUUUGGUUUUAACUUUUUAAAACAUUUUUGUCCAGAGAAUUAAAUUACAUUUUAAUCUUGCUGAUACAGCAGUUUGCAGUGCAAGGUUUUAAAAUUAAAAGUUAUUUCUGUACACUACAGUGUGAUGUUGAUGGAUUGAGAUGCCUGACAGAGUUGAACCAUGUAAAAACAGUGCACCUUUAGGAGCUCAGACUUUGGAUAUGAAUACCAAAAAUCAUGAUUAUGGUAGGAUUGUUGGCAUGGCACCAGAAGGUUACGUAAAGUAUAAUGGACUAUGGGAGGGAUAAUCUUACCCUCUGGUCUCUUCUCCUGUUCUUCCAGGGCCUAGGCACUUGUAGCCAUGUGAGAGCAACUGUAGCUCCAUGACUAAAAAGUGGCAGCUCUUUCCUGUGUUGCUCUUCAAAACGAUUUAAGCAAUUUGGUUGUUGCAAGAGAGAGAUCCCUUUAUACAUGUCAGACUGAUGGAAUGAAUAUCUUUGGAUCCUAUGUAUCCUGCUUCCACAAACUUGGACCGGUAUUUCAACUAGCCAACGUCAGAUUUGAAAUUUCCUGGCUUUAGCAUCUGUCUCCCAACUCUUUUCUAAUGUUUAAAUUGCAACACCAUCAUAAAGUUAGUGCACUCAGGACCCGGCCAGAAUGCAUGAGGCUCAAAAUUGUGUAUGUGUGUAAAUAAAGGACAUUUGGUUCACUCUA